CGCAAGGUCGACCGGCAUUUUUAAAUCUGUAGCGAGCUACUCAAGCUGACCAAACCUCGUUCAAAUUUUCAACAAUCAUCUUGUUCUGUCUGCGACAGCAUUAACGUCCUCCGAUGUCAGGUUUUGGAUCUCCCGGCGGUGGUGCCGUAAACAUCAAGCCCACACCUCCGGAGCGAGGCUCUUUCCCUCUCGACCACGAUGCGGAAUGCAAGCACCUGAUCUCCUCCUACCUACGAUGUCUACGACGACAGAAUCCUCCCGGAAGAAACAAUGAGGAGUGCAGAGUUUUGGCCAAGGGUUAUCUCAAUUGUCGCAUGGAAAAGGGCUUGAUGGCCAAGGAUGAGUGGUCCAAUUUAGGCCUGAAUUUCGAAGAGGCGGCGGCAGGCGAUGGCAAGCAGCUGAACAAGCUGGACGAUCAAUCGAAGUCGGCAAACAAGAGCUGAUUGCUAUUGGAACUAUGAAACAAGAGGUUUUCAAGCCAGACCACUACACUUGUGAUCUCAGCCCAACUUGCGACAGCGGCCAGAUUGAAUGCAUGUUUUUACUUGCGGGCAGAAACACAUCCGAAGGCUCACCCCUCUGCCCUGAGAGUGCUGCACUCAAUGCGUUACGGUAUAGGAGAGCGUAUGAAUAGGAGGAGCGGCAUCCGCACGGCCUCGUAAAGUCAUUGGCUGUGGGUCCGAAAAGUUACAAAUGUCUACGAUAUUGGACCUAUUGAGAGGGAGCGCAAUCGCCGGUCCAGGAAAAACUUGCUUUGAAGAAACAUUCAUCCAUGUUACCAUACUCGGACUGCCGGUCUAGAAGUCUAUGAGAACAUGCGGAAGCAUCCGUCACUGGGAGCACGGAGGCAAGAAAGUGAAGGCAAUAGAGUGCCCAACGUCUAGCACAUGUCGAGGCAACAGCAGAUCUGAGAUCAUGCACGAAGAAUAUUCAUACUUUGUCCGUUAGGACAUAUAUGAAGACUUACCGGAAAAGGUGAUCGUGCAGUCUGUGGAAGACAUGUGCAUUUGUCUUCCCCAAGUGUGCAAUGGCGAACGAACGUGCUGCCGAUUUUAGUUCAGAACAUCGUUCCCACGAAGACCCCAGGGUCGAAGAAAAACUAACAUGUGUCCUGAUUGGCUGUCGGGGUAUGUUUUAAUAGAAAGCGACCAAAGAAGACGUGUUGCUGAGCAUGGGAGAAAUUGGAUUUGGUGGAAUUGUAAAUGAAUACUGUAUUGUUGUACAAAACCUGGCCCUGAGGGCUGUGCCGUGUGUUUAAGGUCGAGGCCCGUUCCAGAUUGUCGAUCAUCAGUCCAGUUUAUUGGGUUGCCACUUCUGAGGCUUUGUCUGUAUUUUAUUCGUGUUUUGUUUGGUUUUCAAGCUAUCAAUACUAUUACUCC